CACCGUCACCGGCAAGGCACACGCGAUAGCCAGAUCGACGCAGCCAGCGCCUCGGCCUCGCGGUACCAUGUACGCCCGCUACGUGCCUCAAUCGGCGGGCGCCGCGCCCGUCGACCUGUCAAACCAGACAUCCGCUCCAGCCAGCACUCCCGCAACUGUCGCCGCUGCGACCAUGGCUACUCCGACAGCUUAUGCUCGGUACGUCCCGGGCGCCGUUCCCGAAGACAUCAGCGACAGGCCAGCCAAGAAGGCCCGCUUAUCGCCGCAGCCCGAGCCAGCAACAAAAUCGUCGAGCAAGAAGCGCAAAUCCAAACGUCGCACAAGUGCAGUUGACAGCGACACGGAUGAAAGCUCUGCCACGGACACAGAGCCACCAACUCACAAGGCUGAGACUGCCGAUAGCAGCUCGGAGGAGGACGAGGCUACGGAUGCCAUCGCUGAGCCGGCUGAGGAACUUGCAGAUGUUCCUCCUGAAGUCCAGCAAGCCCCCAAAAAGCCUAAGCGGGAGAAAAAGUCGAAAAAGACCACGAGCGCAGAGGCGCAAUCGGAAAGCGAUGACGAAAUCCAAAAGCGACAUAAAGCCGUUUUUGAGCGCAAAAGGAAAUCGAUGCUGGCUCCCCCUACGCCCAGCGAUCAGCCGGCGGACGGCGAGGAUGCGACGAUGGAAGACGCGCCCUCCCCUGAGCAGGCGCAUGGGCUUGAGCCUCUCCCACAACCCAAACCUGCAGAGAUUGACGACACCAUACCAACGUUCGAGACCCUGCCUGCCUGGCUCGCCGAGCCGAUUCGUGUCUCACCACAAGCACUAGCAGACUUUGACAAGCUGGGAGCAACGCGCGAGCUCGGGAUCUCAGCUGAGGUUGCGACCAAGCUAGCUUCCGUCGGCUACAAGAGUGCUUUCGCGAUUCAAACGGCCGUGAUACCGCUGCUGCUGCCGCAUCACUGCAAAUCACGACAGGGCGACGUCUUGGUGUCGGCCGCGACUGGAUCCGGCAAGACGCUCUCGUACGCACUACCGAUGAUUCGUGAUCUUAGUCAUGGCAGCCGGAGAUUGACACGGUUGAGGGCUCUGAUUGUGCUGCCCACACGCGAACUGGUCAAGCAGGCGCAGCAAGUAUGCGAAGAGAUUGCUGGUGUGUUUGCGUCGGAAGGUGCGAAGCGACGAGUACGGAUUGGUGUUUCCAUGGGCAGCCAAAAUCUCGAAAAGGAACAGGCCUCUUUUGUUGAAAGAGAAGAGGUGUACGAUCCGAUCGCGUACUCCGCGCGCCAGAAGCGUCUUGCUCUCGGCGACUACGAUCAGGGCUCGGACGCCACCGACGACGAAGAAAAGACGGAACGAUCCCGGCGGGAGGACCGCAUCCCGACAUUACCUGAGCAUGUCAUCCAAUACAAGUCAAAGAUCGAUGUGCUUAUCUGCACCCCUGGUCGCCUGGUCGAGCACAUCAAGUACACACCAGGCUUCACGCUCGACUAUGUUCGGUGGUUGGUGGUCGAUGAGGCGGACAAACUCCUUGGCCAGGACUUCCAGCAGUGGCUUGAUGUGGUCAUCCCGCCAUUACAGAAAGACCGUAGGUCUCGGAAGCGUAAUCAUCAUCACAGCAAUUUGACUGGUGUACGCAAAGUUAUCCUCAGUGCCACAAUGACCAGGGAUCUGGAGCGCCUGGGAGGGCUCAAACUCCGGCGGCCCAGCCUAGUUGUGCUUGAGGGUGCAGGAGGCACUGACAAUGAUGCGGACCAGGCGCACGCCGAGCAUGCCCUGCCCGAACUUCUCGAGGAAGCGGCACUGAAGGUCAGCGACCCCAACGUGAAGCCAGUCUUCCUGGUCGAUCUCUUGAGAAGCAAAAAGGUACUUGGCGAUGCGGCAGGCCAGGCGCCCACACUAUCGAAAAACGAUGCCGACACUUCAUCAUCCGAGUCGAAUGCCGACACCUCAUCGUCUGAGUCCGAGUCCGACGCCGACACAUCCUCAUCAGAAGACGAGACAAGCUCGGAGGAAUCCGACAACGGGUCUGCCAGCUCGUCCCGACGCGCCGCAUCCAAGACAAGCGCGACACCCAGCGUUCUCAUCUUCACAAAGUCCAACGAGACAGCCAUGCGCCUCUCGCGGCUGCUGUCCCUCAUCUCACCAAAGCUCACACCCUUGCUCGGCACGCUCACCUCCACGACCGCGUACUCGGCCCGCCGGCAGACACUCCGCGACUUCACGGCCGGCAAGCUGCGGGUCCUCGUGGCGUCCGACCUGGUCGCCCGCGGUAUCGACCUGCCGUCGCUGGACCACGUCAUCAACUACGACAUGCCGACUAGCGUCGCCUCGUACGUCCACCGCGUCGGACGGACGGCCAGAGCCGGCAAGAGCGGCCGGGCGUGGACGCUGUUCACGAAGCCCGAGGCGCGCUGGUUCUGGACCGAGAUUGCGGGAGGCAAGACGGUCACGAGGGCCAGGGAAGUGCAGCGGAUUAGGAUCACCGAGGAGAAGGAGGAUCUGUUCGAUGAGAAGGUCAAGGUGUACGAGACGGCGCUCGAGGCGCUGGGGCAGGAAGCAGGGGAGAUGAGGAAACGCGGCCGCAACUAGAGAGAGUGGCAUUCGGCUUUUGUGUCUUACAUAGCGAUACCAAGCAUUUAUUUCGAAAAAGGCAGUCUAUAUGUCUAAUCUUUGGCCAAUGU